GGGGUGAUGUGCUGAAGCUGCGGAGCAGCAUGAGGCUCCAGCUGGAGAAGCAGCUCCUCUUCCUCUCCCUCCUCUGCAUCUUCUCCAAGGUGUGUGCCCAGCUGUGCCGCAGACCAUGCUACUGCCCCUGGGUGCCACCCCACUGUCCCCGUGGGUCCCCCCUGGUCCUGGACGGCUGUGGCUGCUGCAAGAUCUGUGCCCGGCGCCUGGGAGAGCCCUGUGACUUUCUCCAUGUCUGUGACCAGAGCCAGGGCCUCGUCUGUGACUACAGCACAGCACCCAUGGGGACAGGAGCCACCUGCAACUUUGAAGAGGCUGAGGAGGGCUGUGAGCUGAACGGCCGGGUCUAUCGGGACGGGGAGGUUUUCCAGCCCAGCUGCAAACUCCAGUGCCACUGUCUGGAUGGGGGCUUCAGCUGCAUCCCCCUCUGCCAGGAGGAUGUCCGGCUGCCCACCCCGGACUGCCCCUUCCCACGGCGUGUGGAGGUCCCAGGGAAGUGCUGCCCAGAGUGGAUCUGCGAGGCCCGGGACUGGCGCCUCCUUCGGGAUGCCAGGACAGCCCCUGGGGCAGUGUCCCUGCCACUGCCAUACCCCUGCCAGGAGUGGGGCACGGAGUGGAGUGCCUGCUCAGUCACCUGUGGUGUGGGCUUUUCUACCCGUGUCUCCAACCAGAACCACUACUGCAGACUGGAGACUCAGCGGAGGCUCUGCAUGGCCAGACCCUGCCCAGCUCUGCCAGCAGCAUCCCUGGUGGUAAGCGAGGGUCUCAGUGAAGUGGGAUCCUCUGGGCAAAAGGUUUGAUUGAGAAAGGGAAAUGCCAGCCUACAGAAGCCAUGGGACCCUCAAUUGCCUGUGCGCACCACAUCACCCGUCCCCAACAACAACCUGACCAUGUCUCAGGGAUAAACUAAAACUGUGCUUGGAAAACAGCUGAUUGUGGGUGCAGACGUGAAUUGUGGGGUCUCUGGAUGUCUGAAUCCAAGGGCACUGAGGAUCUCGCAUAACCCUGAGCCCUGCAGCUGGGCUUGAUCUGCCCUUGUGGCUAGAAAUUCAUUUGCAGCUCCUACCUGACUCCCUAGGUUCACAUGAGAGCCAAGGCUCUUCCACCUCUCUCAUUAGCCUGGCACAGCCCCAGAGCAGACAAAACUGCCUUGUUCACAUGCAGCCAGUGCUUCCCAGGGCCAGGCACCCACACUGCUGAGUGCCCCUGCUCCCUGGACAUGGGGGACACACCACCAUCACCCUGUUCAUCUCCCCAUCACUCUCUGCUCUGCCUUUCCAGAGGGGAAGAGGAGGUCAUUUAUAGUUGUGCUCACCCUGGUUGCAUCCCGGAGCCAACGCCUCAUCCUGGCAGAGUCUGGCAAAAGCCCACAGCACUGUGGUUUUGGUGGAGAUGGAGGACACGUUCCUUUGGGAAACUGAGGAAGAACUGAUGGACUUCGGCUGCAAAGGAGGGAGAAUACUGAGAACAAAAUCCCCAUGUCAUACAGCACCUGCCCCCUCUGCACACCCCACUGCCCCAGGCAGGGUUACUGGGCAGCAUCCCUGAGUUUCCCAGCUCAGAUGAAGUGGGAAACGGCGAAACCCUGCCAUGAGCAUGACCCAUUGGAGAAAUCAGCAAUUGGUGCUUUGCUUCCUUGGUGGGGCUUUUGGAGAGGUGAUGCUGCACCUCCACCACAUCACACAUGGAGCUCUGCCCUGCAGGACCUGAGGCAGACCCACGUAAGGCACCAGGACACCUGCAUCUCCAGGGGGACCCCUCCCACCCCAUCCCACCGAGGUAGGAGCAGAGACACCGGAUCCGUGCACCAGUCUGCACAGCUCCAAGCUUGCGGGAGCUCAUCCACCCAACCAUACCCAUCCCACCGCUCAGCAGCCGCCUUCCUGGGCGUGGGCAGAGGCGUCCUCCCGAGGGCAGCUCUAAUUCCCCUUCCCCACGUCUCUCCAGAACAAACCCCAGCCUUCCUGCCCCGCCUGGCCUCCUCCUCUCCCAGGCGCUGGUGGUUUGGCUUCGGCGAGCCGGGAGCUCAGACACAGGAGACUCCGCUCCGCAGCACCAGACAGACACCCCGCCUGCCAUCCAAGCACAUAGCCCGCCAGCCGAGGCCAAAGAAAAGCAGGGUGGAGGGGGCUGGAGAAGGAAAAUAAAUCCCCAAGAUGAGUCGGGGCCGUCCUCCUGACGGGCUGGAGCUGCUCCAGCCAUGUGAGAGUCGGUACGGGAGAGCUGCUCGGCAGCUCCGCCUUCGCUUUCUCACCACAAGAACCCUUCUGGUUGAUCGGAAAAUGAAACCCAAAUGCCCUCUAAUGGCCUGAGCAGCGGGAAUGUGUGUCUCACGGCAGGGAGAGGACAACUGGAAAGGAGCAGAGGUUCAGGUGACGCGUCCAGGCGAGGUCCGGGCAGUUUAGAUGUGUAUUUGUGGAACGCAAAAUAAAGAUGUGCUCAUCUAGGUAUAAAGCUUGCCUGAGCCUCUCUGUGAGGGCUGAGCCUGGCUCCGGGGUGCCCUUGGGAGCCUUGAUGAACCAACUUGGCUGCUGUAGGAGAGGUCUGGCCCAGGACAGGACAGCUUGGAGCCACCUCAGUUUGAGCUGCUUCAAAUAAGAAAACGAAAUAGAAAAAAAAGUUAAUCAAAGCACUGAAAACAUUAUUACAGUAUAUUAUAUCCUGGAUUAAAUUCCGCCCCUUGGCUUUUACUCAGCCAUGAGCUCCAUUCACCUGCUCCCCCAGCCCUGCAAGAGCUGAAAAUAAAGUCAGGGAUGCUUUUCAGUCACCUCUUGGGGGGGUGGAAAAGUUAAAAAAAUAAAUCUCAC